AUGGAUCGCAGUGAUGCUCUAAACACAGUGAAGUAUAGCAGAGCGAGGUUCAGCGAAUCCAGGCUCGAAGCGGCUAUUCAGUUUAUACUCUCAGAGGAGAAUGUAUGUCUAAUAUCCUGGGGCACUAAGUCUUUAAGGAUAGGACGCAAUGAAAUUGUUACUCUGCCUACUCUCACGCGCCGUAAGCCUGCACAGGUACUAUAUAAAGACUAUCUUGUGUCUGCUGACGAAGAUGAACAAAUUGGGAAGACUAGCUUUAUGAAAGUUGUUCUAUCAAUUACAAAUAAUGAUGAGAAGUUAAUCACUGCGGUCGAUUAUGUCACGGGUUGUCUUGUAACUGAUGUCGUCGAUACGAUGCAAACCAUUCUAGAAGACCUCUCCGAAGACCAAGCAGAGCGCACACGACUGUCCACGUUGGUGAACUUAGGAAAGACAUUCAUCAAACAACAAUUAGAUCAUAAAGUAGUCUUAGAAGAUUCCAUCAAUACUCAUGGGUGUAAGAUUCGGUCUAAUAAAGGCGAUACCAAUGCCUUAGAAUAAAUAAACGCGUAGAUAAAUUCUAUAUCGUGUAAGUAUCGAUAUAAAUAAACGAAAUGAGACGUUUAAUAAAGCUAGGUUUGCUUCGUGAAAACAGCAAUACUCUGAGGGAUUGUGAGGCUGAGACAUUGCCUAUAUAUAGUCCUCUCAGUACUGUUUCCGCCG